AUGAACUCGAUCGAAGUCGACGAAGAUCCCACCGAAAACGAUUUUUCCCUCCGUCUCGACGGUCCCUCGCACAGCAUGGAGAAGAUCCAAGACUACAAACCUGGCGGUCAUCAUCCCGUCCACAUCAAAGACUGUCUGGGCGGCAAGGGAGAAGAAGAACGGUACUACGUCAUGAACAAGCUGGCGACCGGCCACUCCUCCAACGUCUGGCUAUGCAGAGACCUCGACUACGAAGUGCCUAGGGAAGGCGAGCUCGUCGAUCCCACAACCCUCACAGCCGCUCCGCACAGAUACGUCGCGCUCAAGAUCCUGCGUGGCGACGCUUUCCACACGGGCCAGGGCGAGGCGGACAUGGUGAGAGACCCGAUGACUCCCUUGGCGCCUGACGACCAGCUGCUUUCAAAGUACCUCUGUUUCCCUUUUGCUGCGUUUCUCAUUGAGGGGCCCAAUGGGAACCAUCGUUGUUUCGUUUAUCCGCUGUUGGGUCCUCGUGUUUCGUCUGUCAUUAGGAUGCUUCCUGCGCCAGAGAGGGCCCUCAAGGUGAUUUGCAACCAGGCUGUUCUAGCAUUAGAUACGAUGCAUCGC